GCUCCGCCCGGGCGCUGUGGCGGCACCGCGUGCUCGGGCGCCGCUGCCCCGCUCCGCGCCCGCUCCGCGAUGGCUCCCGGAGUUACGGCGAUCCCGGCUGGACGCAGCUGAACGGCCGCCCGCGGGCGGGGGGACCCGCUCGCACCUCGCAUGUCCGCGGCGCCCGGGAAGUCGGAUGUGUACGGCCUUCCUCCCCCUCCUCCUCUCCUCCAUGGCCGUCGUGCUCCGGCUUCUCGGCCUCUCCGGGAGCGCUCCGAGGCCGGCGGGCAGCAGCGGCAGCUCCGCACGUCGCGAUCGCCGUAGCGAGGCUCGGCGCGGCUGCUCCCAGUGACCGCGCCCCAGCCCGGCCAUGUACCCCCAGGGCCGGCACCCGGCUCCGCACCAGCCGGGCCAACCGGGCUUCAAAUUCACCGUGGCCGAGUCCUGCGACCGGAUCAAGGACGAGUUCCAGUUCCUGCAGGCCCAGUACCACAGCCUCAAAGUGGAGUAUGACAAGCUGGCGAACGAGAAGACCGAAAUGCAGCGCCAUUACGUUAUGUACUACGAAAUGUCGUACGGUUUGAAUAUUGAAAUGCACAAACAGACAGAAAUUGCUAAAAGACUGAACACGAUUUUAGCCCAGAUCAUGCCUUUUCUGUCACAAGAGCACCAACAGCAGGUGGCCCAGGCUGUUGAACGUGCCAAGCAAGUGACAAUGACGGAGUUGAAUGCUAUCAUCGGGGUACGUGGACUUCCCAAUCUGCCUCUCACCGCAUGCAGCGGGGUCUCUCCCGGCGCCGCCGGGCCGUCCCUGCCCGGGCGGUCCCCUGCUGUCCCCGUCCCUGUCCCCCGCGGCUCACUGGCGCUCUCGUUGCAGCAGCAGCAGCUCCAGGCCCAGCACCUGUCGCACGCUGCCCACGGCCCCCCGGUGCAGCUGCCUCCGCACCCCUCGGGGCUGCAGCCCCCCGGCAUCCCGCCCGUCAGCGGCAGCAGCUCGGGGCUGCUGGCCCUCGGCGCCCUGGGCAGCCAGGCUCACCUGGCCGUCAAGGACGAGAAGAACCACCACGACCUGGACCACAGAGAGCGAGACUCAAGUGCAAAUAAUUCCGUGUCCCCCUCGGAGAGCCUGCGGGCCAGCGAGAAGCACCGGAGCUCCACGGACUACAGCAUCGACUCCAAGAAGAGGAAAGCGGAGGAGAAGGACAGCAUGAGCCGAUAUGACAGCGAUGGUGACAAGAGCGAUGACCUGGUGGUCGAUGUCUCCAACGAGGACCCCGCCACCCCCCGGGUGAGCCCGGCCCACUCCCCCCCGGAGAACGGCCUGGACAAAGCCCGCGGGCUGAAGAAGGGGGACGCUCCCAACAGCCCGGCCUCCGUGGCCUCCUCCAGCAGCACUCCCUCCUCCAAGACCAAGGACCUGGGCCACAAUGACAAAUCCUCCACGCCCGGCCUCAAGUCCAACACUCCGACGCCCAGGAACGACGCUCCCACCCCGGGCACCAGCAGCACCCCGGGGCUGCGGCCCAUGCCCGGCAAGCCCAGCGGCAUGGACCCCCUGGCCUCGGCCCUGCGGACGCCCAUCUCCAUCGCGGGCUCCUACGCGGCGCCCUUUGCCAUGAUGGGGCACCACGAGAUGAACGGGUCUCUGACGAGCCCCGGCGCCUACGCGGGGCUGCACAACCUCCCCCCGCAGAUGAGCGCAGCCGCUGCCGCCGCCGCCGCCUACGGCCGGUCACCAAUGGUGAGCUUUGGAGCUGUCGGGUUUGACCCUCACCCACCCAUGCGAGCCCCGGGCCUGCCCUCCAGCCUGGCGUCCAUCCCUGGAGGGAAACCGGCGUACUCGUUCCACGUGAGCGCGGACGGGCAGAUGCAGCCGGUGCCGUUCCCGCACGACGCGCUGGCGGGGCCCGGCAUCCCGCGGCACGCGCGGCAGAUCAACACGCUGAGCCACGGCGAGGUGGUGUGCGCCGUCACCAUCAGCAACCCCACCCGCCACGUCUACACCGGCGGCAAGGGCUGCGUCAAGAUCUGGGACAUCAGCCAGCCCGGCAGCAAGAGCCCCAUCUCCCAGCUGGACUGCCUGAACAGGGAUAACUACAUCCGCUCCUGCAAGCUGCUGCCGGACGGGCGCACGCUGAUCGUGGGGGGCGAGGCCAGCACUCUGACCAUCUGGGACCUGGCGUCGCCCACGCCGCGCAUCAAGGCCGAGCUGACGUCGUCGGCGCCCGCGUGCUACGCGCUGGCCAUCAGCCCCGACGCCAAGGUGUGCUUCUCGUGCUGCAGCGACGGCAACAUCGCCGUCUGGGACCUGCACAACCAGACCCUCGUCAGGCAGUUCCAAGGGCACACGGACGGGGCCAGCUGCAUAGACAUCUCCCACGACGGUACGAAGCUGUGGACGGGGGGCCUGGACAACACGGUGCGCUCCUGGGACCUGCGGGAAGGGCGGCAGCUGCAGCAGCACGACUUCACCUCCCAGAUCUUCUCUCUGGGGUACUGCCCGACGGGCGAGUGGCUGGCGGUGGGCAUGGAGAGCAGCAACGUGGAGGUGCUGCACCACACCAAGCCCGACAAGUACCAGCUGCACCUGCACGAGAGCUGCGUGCUCUCCCUCAAAUUCGCCUACUGCGGGAAGUGGUUUGUGAGCACUGGGAAGGACAACCUGCUCAACGCCUGGAGGACGCCCUACGGAGCCAGCAUCUUCCAGUCCAAGGAAUCCUCGUCCGUGCUGAGCUGUGACAUCUCUGCGGAUGACAAGUACAUCGUCACGGGCUCUGGGGACAAGAAGGCCACGGUCUACGAGGUCAUCUACUGAGCCUGGGAUUUGCAGCACCGGGAAUGCUCCGGGAAUGCCGAGGGGAGGCCCCGGGCCCGGCCCCGCCGCACUCGGAUUUAUUUGGAGAUCUGCAACUCUGGCACACAUGGAAGCCCUAAACGGAUUUUUAUUUGGUUUUAAGGUUUUGGGGUUCCUUUUGAUUUUUUUUUUGUUUUGUUUUCUGGUUCUUUCCGUCUGGCUUUGGUGGCACUAUAAAGGACUCCUUUUUUUAUUGGGACUUUUUUUUUGUGCAUCCCGCAUAAGACUUGUGAAAAAUGUAAAUACUGGACUAGGAAAUAGCGUGGGAAGGGGGGACCCUCCCAGUACACUUAGUUGUGUAUUUUUGUCUGCUGUAAUUGUAUUCCACUGAUGGUUUUGGUGGUGGCAAUUUUAUUCUGGGGGUUUUUUUGGUUGGUUUUUUUUUUUUUGGUUUUUGUUUUUUGGGGGUUUUUUCCCCCUUUUCCUUCCCCCCUCCGGAAGUGUCCGUGGGGACUUUGCCAUCCAGGCUGAGCAGAGAUGUCCACUGGUGAAAAGUUGUUCCUCCUGUCGUGCGUCGUGUGUUAGUGAUGGUGGGGAAUCGCUCGGAUCCUCAGCUACUGACGGGACAUCAACACAAUCACCUUGGGGUUUGUUUUUUAUAGAUGGAUUUAUGGAUUUAUCCUUAUUUUUUUUUCCGUGCUUGGAUGUUUGAAGAAAAGGGGAAGCCCACGCAAGCCCUUCUUGGUCUUCGGACAGAAGCAAAUGAGGAGUGAUUUCAAAGAAAGCUUAGAAAAUUCAGCUCAGGGAGCCACGAAAGAUAAUAGCAAACUUAUGUGUUUUGUAUUCAAAUGAAAGUAAAGAAUUAGAAUUGAUAACCUUGAAAAAAAAAAGACAAAAAAAAAAUACAGUUUUUUUUAAAAGCGAAAAGUUUACUAACAAGUAGGGUUUGUGUGUGGUGGGGGGCUGUUUGUGGUCCUUGUGGGCUUUAUGGUCUUGUGUCUUCUGGUUUUAUGGAGCAACUCCCUCCCCCCACAGGCCUUUUGUACUAAAGGGUUCCAAAAAGGACAAAAAAAAAAGACAAAAAAAAAAAAAACAAACGAAGACCUAACGGGAAAAUAAAAGUAUUUGUGUAGCAGAAGUGCUCACCUGUAUCGUGGCACACGGCAGAGGAUUUUUA